ACGAGACGAACGAUGAAGGUCUUCACUUUACAAAGGAAGAAAGGAACGAUCAUUAUUAUUUGAAAAUGUGCAUGUGGCUGCACGAAAAAUUGCACAACAAAUAAAAUUUAAAAAAUGUGGUCGUGUUAACUCAUCACGUGUCUAUUUUUAGAAUCGCUUAAUGACCAAAGCGUGCUGUUUUAUAGCAGAUUUGAGGCCAGAGCCAGCCAUCAUAUCCACAGGAAUUUCAAGUUGUGCUUGUGCUGGUAUAUUGACCUGUCACCAGCAACAAGCCCUCAUUGCUUGGAUAAACAUCAUCCCGUUUUGGAUUGGAGAAACUUCUGUUCGAGCUCUUUCUCAAAAUCUUCUCUGUCCUCGUGUACUCCCAUGUGAGGUGUGGCUGUAUUCACGAGGAUACUCUUUUGCUUUCCCUCCUGGUGGAUUCAACUCUUCAGCAGACAGAGCACUUUGUGUAUGGAAGCCUGGCUGUAUUUCCCAGGCUGAAAGUUUGACUGAAUUUUUGAAUUGGUUACGACUACACAUUUGCAGCUGGAAUCUUCGCCUUUUGCAAUUGCGAAUUUUCAUUCGAGUAUCAACACAGAGAGAUAGAAGCUUAAUCGGAAUGAUCAGGAAAAUUCAGAAUCAUUAAAAAUGGAGUUGAACGCACGACGAGACCUAAACUACAAGAAAAUCUAAG